CAAGACCUCGCAGACACGCACCCCAUAAAAUCCACCCACCGACCUGCAUCUCUCACCCUGACCCUCCAAAACACCCAAUCGCAUAUUUACUACCCAAACCAACAACAAAAUGCGCGACUCCAUCCCCCUCACCCGCAGCCGCCGCAGUGACGAACUGACCCGGCUCGCGGACCAGCACCUGCAACACGACCUGUCAGCCUCCGACCGCGACGCCCUGCAAUCCGCCGCCCGCACUGUCUCCCUCUGGACGACUGUCGGCUCCGCUGUGGGCAUGGGGCUGGGACUGUACACGGCGUUCCGGCUGCGGAGCUCGCGCCGCGCCUUCUUCGAGGCCUUCCGCGCGCAGCAGAAGCCGACGAAGGUGGUGUUUGCGGAUGGGCGGACUGAAUCCAUCCCCGAUAUCACACCGCUGCUGAAACCCACCACGAUCGGCGACUUUGCGACGUAUUUCUUCGCCUCGGCGGGCGGGUUGUUUCUGGGCGGGGAGUUGGGUCUCUUGGGUGGUGCCGCCGUAGGCAGCCGGGGAAUCACCAACGAGCCCGAGCGACGGAAGCGCAUCGAGAAUGCCUUCCGGCGGUUCCGGGCGGAUGUGCUGAGGCGCGAGGCGGAUGCCUUGGACGGCGAUCGGAAUAUCAUUGAGAAGAUGUUUUAAUUGUUGGGAGUAUUGAAAGGGGUGUUGUUUUUGUUUCUGGCCAUUCGAAGGAGGUGUUGUUUUCUCUUUCUGAGAAUUGAAUGGGGACAUGAUUGUAUGUGUGCGCAUGCACCUCGAUGCCCGCUGUGUAUUUUAGCGAAUAUCAUUG